CCGGCGUGGGCACGUUUCGUAUGUGUACAUGGUGUGCAAGUAACCCUGUGCUGCUCACCCUUCUGCAGGGGACUUGUGUAGCUCACUCUAUCUUGAUUCACCUUGUUUAGUGUAAACACAUUUCAGAGUUAUGGCUGAAGCAGUCGCAGAAAUGUGCGAUCAGCUAAUUAAAGCUGUUAACGUAAUGAUGGAUCCUGAAUCGAGCCAACGAUAUCGCCUGGAGGCCCUUAAGUUCUGUGAAGAGUUUAAAGAAAAGUGUCCCUUCUGUGUCCAGUGUGGCCUUCAAUUGUCAGAGAGGACACAAAAUCCUAUCAUUAGGCAUUUUGGUCUUCAAAUUUUGGAACAUGUCAUCAAGUUUCGAUGGAACAAUAUGUCACAGCAGGAGAAAGUCCACUUAAAAAAUUGUGCCAUGGACCUCUUAUCAAAGGGAACACAUCCUAUCUUAAAGGAAGAAAGUCACAUUAAGGAUGCCUUGUCUCGUAUUGUUGUGGAAAUGGUCAAGAGAGAGUGGCCUCAGCACUGGCCAGACUUGCUGAAAGAACUGGAGACACUUACUACUUUGGGAGAGGCUCAAGCAGAGCUGGUGAUGCUGAUUCUUUUACGACUGGCCGAGGACGUGAUUACAUUUCAGACACUGCCCACACAGAGGCGGCGGGACAUCCAGCAAACCCUAACCCAGAAUAUGGAUGGCGUCUUCAGUUUCCUGCUGACUGUCCUGCAGCUCAAUGUGGACAACUACCGCAAACUGAAAGGUGUUGCUGGCGAAGAGCUGAAGGCUAUGGCUCAUUGUCGAGUGGGUGUGGCUACUCUAAACACACUGGCUGGUUAUAUAGAUUGGGUGGCGAUGGUGCACAUCACUAAUGGGAACUGCCGUCUCCUUGAGGUGUUGUGCCUGCUGCUGAGUGAACCGGAGCUCCAGCUGGAGGCAGCAGAGUGUCUACUCAUCGCCAUCAGCAGAAAGGGGAAACUGGAGGAUAGGAAGCCUCUCAUGGUGCUGUUUGAUGAUGUCGCCAUGCAUUACAUCCUUUCUGCAGCACAGUCUGCAGAUGGGGCAGCUAUCUGCAACCAAUCCUCUACGAGAACGUAUAAGACAAGUGGGGUUGUGGAGAGGCAUUACACCUUCCUGAAGAGGCUGUGUCAGGUGCUCUCCGCCUUAGGAAGCCAGCUGUGUUCACUGGUGGGUUCUGCUGCUGAAGUUGACGUACCCCGGAAUCUGAAUAAGUACAUAGAGGCCUUUCUUGCCUUCACUACUCAUCCCAGUCAGUUCCUGAAAUCUUCGACCCAAAUUACCUGGGGAACCUUGUUUAGGCACGAGGUCCUCUCAAAGGAUCCUGUUGUUAUCAAGAUGGCUGUGAAGUACUUGAGGGAGACCAUGACAAACCUUGUAAAGACAGGGUUCCCUUCCAAGAAAGACAGCCCUAGCUGUGAGUACUCCCGGGGCGACUUUGACAGCGAUGAGGACUUCAACUCUUUCUUCAACUCUUUCAGGGCUCAACAGGGCGAGGUUGUCCGUUUGGCAUGUCGGAUAGUGCCUAAGGAGGCAUUUCUGAUCACCAGUGAAUGGCUACAAUACCAGAUCAUGACUCCCAUCGACACAGGAAAUACAACAUCCAAGAUAGGGGAAGGUCUAUGCUCCAUUCUCUCUCCUUCUGCAGUGCAAUGGGAUGCAAUGACCUUCUUCACUGAGAGUGUGUUGGGUCAGCUUUUCAAAGUUCUGGACAAAGAGAGACUUCCUAUUGAACAGGGCAUUGAGCUGCUCCAAAUGGUGGUGUCCUUUGACACGCAUGACCCCCUCAUUUUGUCCUGUGUCCUCACCAACGUCUCCUCCCUCUUCCCGUUCGCCACGCACCAGCCACAGAUUCUGCCUCAGGUGCUCGCUAAGCUGUUUGCUGCCAUUACAUUCGAGGUGUUGGAAGAAAACAAGACACCCCGCACGCGAGCUGUGAAGAAUGUUAGAAGACAUGCCUGUUCUUCCAUUGUCAAGAUGUGUCGGGACUAUCCACAGCUCAUCCUGCCAUGCUUUGACAUGCUCUACGCACAUGUGAAGAAGCUGUUCUGCAAUGAGCUGCUACUGACUCAGAUGGAGAAAUGUGCCCUGAUGGAAGCGCUGGUUCUGAUCAGUAACCAGUUUACAGACUUUAGUAAGCAGGAGGCUUUUCUGGAAGAGCUCAUGUCUCCAGUCAGAACCCGCUGGCUCUCGGAGGAGAUGAGUAGUGUUCUGUGGGACCCUGCCCUAUUUCUGGCUCAUGUUGGUGCUGAUCAGGUCAUCAAUGACCCCAGCAGUGAGGAUCAGUUUGGCAUCAGUCGCUCACGGAUCAGUUUCUGUGUAUAUACACUGAUGGGUGUGGUGAAGCGUGCCCGCUGGCCAGCUGAUCCCCAAAAGGCCCACGCAGGGGGGUUUGUGGUGGGCCAAAGCGCUAAUGGAGACCCUAUCUACCGGAACCCCUGCACCACUCAGGUCUUGGCACUUCUACCCAAUCUCCUUGGACUCAUCAGGACCCAUAAUAGCUUGUUCUCACCAGAGAACAUGGCUCGCCACAGUGAGACUUUCAUCAGAGUACAUGAGGUCAUGGAUGUGGAAAAGAAUUUAGUACUGGGCCUGCCGCAACCUGUGCUGGAUAUUUAUGACUCCCCGGUGUACAAGACGGCUCUGGAGCGCAUGCAAGGCUUCUUCUGUACCCUGUAUGAUAACUGUUUUCAUGUGCUGGGGAACCUGGGCCCCUCCCUCACGCAAGACUUCUACACCAUUGAUGGGCUGGCCCUUCAGAUCAGCAACUCUGUUCUCAGUAAUCUAGAUAAUGUUCCUGACCACAGACUACGCCCUUUGCUCCGGGUGUUCAUGAAGCAGCUGGUCGUUUCCUGUCCUCCGGAGUAUCAUGAGUCUCUACUCUGCCCCCUGCUGGGGCCUGUCUUUGCGUACAUGCUGCAGAGACUUACCUUGAGGUGGCAGAUCAUCAACCAGCGGAGUAGUCUGGGGGGCUCAGAAGAGGAGAGUCUGAUCUUGGAAGAGACGCAGGUAACUCAAGAAAUGUUGGAGGAACAACUGGUGCGCAUUGUGACCAGGGAGCUCCUAGAUCUGAUCAUUGUUUCGUGUAUAUCAAGAAAAGUCCCUGAGCCCGUAGGAAGCAAAGAGGAGACGGCAGAUAAUGAUGAUGAGAUGAUGGCAACAGAUGCGUCUCAGGGUAUCCAGAUGAAUUCUGCUACCUCUGUAGAUGAGCUUACCGAUCUUGGGAAGUGCUUGCUCAAACAUGAGGACAUUUACAUGACUCUUCUGACUAUUGCCUUCACCGCUGUGUCUUGGAAAGACACAAGUAUCUGCCACCGCACUGCCUCUCUGGUUUGCUGGACUCUCCUUCGACAGGUGGUCGGGGGGAACCUGUUGCCAGAGGCAGUGACAUGGCUGUAUGUCAGUGUGCUGAAGGGAUUGCAGAUUCACGGCCAACAUGAGGGCUCUAACGCCACCCUCACACAGCUCGCACUCUUCAUGUAUGAGAACCUGAGAGCACGCUAUGUGGAACUACGGGGAGUCAUGACUCAGAUCCCCAACAUCCAGCAGGAGGCCCUGGACCAGUUUGACCACAGGAUCCUGAACCCUGCUGCUAAUAAGGUCACGGAGAAGAAGAGGAAAGAGCAGUUCAAGAAGCUUAUUGCUGGUGCUAUUGGGAAACCUUUGGGCCAGCAGUUUAAAAAAGAGGUGCAUAUACGCAACCUUCCAUCUCUCUUCAAAGCGGGUAAGGCUGACACCAAAAGGGACCUUCUGGAGAAUAACGAGACCACUGGCCUGACCGCACUCUUCUGCCCUCAGCAAGAGGAUGUCUGAGGGGCCAGAUAGCACCUCUGCCGGGACCACAUAGCCAAACUGUCAGGAGAUUCCUUCUCUGGUCCUCGCUGACCAAUGAAUGCUAAGUUGUGAGACAAUACGUCCCAGUGUCCUUCACCAUUAACAAUACAUUGUGCAGCACAAAGUCUCAAACGGUUGAGCUGAAAAUAAAGCAACAUGGGAGGAUUGGAGUCUGAAUGGUCUUAAGUAGAAAACCUUUAGCUGUCGAUGAUCCAACAUGAGAUUGACCAUUGUGUGAUGUGUCCGUUGAAAGGUUCAGUAAUCUGCACUACAUUCCCGGUUUUCCUAUUAGUAUUAAGGACAGUACACUGUCCUGGCCAUAUUUUUUUCUUUCUUACAUUCAUGAUUGCAAAGGUUUUUGAUGUACAGGCAGCAAUUUAUGUAAAAACUGUUUAUAUUUUGUUUUUAAUAAAUGUAGAGUUUAUGGUCA